UAGAGGAGGUGAGUUCUUCAUUGUCAACAUCUACCCUGUUCAGGCUAUACUCUCCUGUCUCUCUCUAUCUCUCCUUCCAUCAGCUCAAUUCGUCCAUACUACCAGGGCUCCAUCAGGAUGGUGUCGGCUGGGCUACAGAUGCUGGGCACGGCCCUGGCGAUCGUCGGCUGGCUGGGAAGCAUCAUCAUCUGUGUUCUGCCCAUGUGGAAGGUGACAGCCUUCAUUGGAGCCAACAUCGUCACCGCUCAGGUCAUCUGGGAAGGGUUAUGGAUGAACUGUGUGACCCAGAGCACGGGACAGAUGCAGUGUAAGGUCUACGACUCCCUCCUGGCCUUGCCCCAGGACCUGCAGGCUGCCAGGGCUCUGAUCAUAAUCGCCAUAAUCGCUGGCGUGUUCGCCAUCCUGCUGGGCAUCGCUGGCGGGAAGUGCACCAACUUCGUGGAUAACGAGAGGUCCAAGCCCAAGGUUGCCAUCGCUAGCGGAAUCGUCUUCCUCAUUGCUGCCCUUCUGGUCCUGGUCCCUGUCUGCUGGUCGGCCAACACCAUCAUCCGAGACUUCUACAACCCCCUUUUGGUCGAGGCCCAGAGGAGGGAGCUGGGACCGGAAACGAUGGUAUCUUUGGGGCUGCAGAUUCUGGGCGUCGGGCUAGCGGUGCUGGGCUGGAUGGGGAACAUCAUCAUCUGCAUCCUCCCAAUGUGGAAAGUCUCGGCCUUCAUCGGAAACAACAUUGUGGUGGCACAGACCAUCUGGGAGGGUCUGUGGAUGACGUGCGUGGUGCAGAGCACAGGCCAGAUGCAGUGUAAGGUCUACGACUCCCUCCUGGCCUUGCCUCCGGACCUCCAAGCGGCCCGGGCCAUGGUAGUCAUCGCCAUCCUCUUGGGCCUGUUCGGGCUCCUGCUCUCGGUGGUCGGGGGGAAAUGCACCACCUGCGUCGGGGACCAGUCGGCCAAGGCCCGGGUGGCCAUCACUGCGGGGUUGUUCUUCCUUGUGGCCGGGGCGCUGUGCCUGGUCACUGUGUGCCUGCCUGCUAACGCCGUCAUAAAGGACUUCUACAGCCCCCUGGUACCCGAAUCGCAGAGGAGAGAGCUGGGCGCGUCCCUGUACGUCGGCUGGGGCGCGUCAGGACUGCUCCUGAUCGGGGGCGCGCUCCUUUGCUGUCAGUGCCCGUCGAGGGGAGACCGCUAUAAUGGAGCGAAGUACACCGCGCCCAAGUCCUCUGCGUCGGGGAAAUAAUUUGUAUGAGUUUGUUCGUUUGAUAUUCGUUUGUUAAAAAAAAAAACACAAAAAAUAUGGAAAAGGUGUUUAGAUUCUUUCGUUUUUGUAAAUUGUUUGUCUUGCAUGGUGUUACUAAUUUAUUUGACUACUGUUUUUGGAACGUUCGUUUCAAAAGAGAUGUGUGCCUUAGCCCAGUCCGGAAAUCAGUCUGGCUUUAAAUUUACUCUUCAAAGUUGUAAUAGUAGAUUGCACAAGGAGCAAUUUCGAAAUUGGGUAGUGCAUCAUCAGUUCCUCUUGUCAUGUUAG